CUUUAACGUUUGCGUUGCAUCAAUCAUGAAUAUCUUUAACGCAUGCGUGAUGUUAUGGCGAUCUCUAGGUUGGCGAGUCAGGUGGUUCUGUUGCUAUAUUAUACCUCCAUGCCAUACCUACUCUUGACGAAUUCACCAGAUUGACACAUUCUACUUCAAGUUGUGGCCAUUCUUCCCCCUAGCCAUGACGUUCUUAGCGAGUAUAUUGCCCGCAGACUCUGAGCUUUUCAGCUUCAAAGGCGCUGUCUUUUGGUUUGCAGUGUUUUCAGCAUUGGCCACCGUCUAUGCUGUUUAUUCAGUUAUAUACAAUGUUUUCUUCCACCCUCUCAAGCACAUCCCCGGUCCAUUCUUCGCACGCGCGUGCGGUAUUCCCUGUGCUCUACAUAUGUUUGACGGCAGUUCGGUCCAAUGGGUAAAAGAGUGCCACGAUAAGUACGGCGAUGCGGUUCGUGUGACCCCAAGUGAAGUCAGCUUCAUCUCAGGAGAAACUGCUUGGCAAAGCAUAUACGGCUUCCGUGUAGGCAAGAGCAAGAACACCGGAUAUUACCUCAAGGACAGGAAUUGGUACUUAGCACCUACCAACGGCGUUGAGUCAAUCAUCAUAGCAGAUGAAGCAGGACACUCGAGAAUGCGACGUAACCUCGCACACGCUUUCAGUGACAAAGCCCUACGAGGACAAGAGAGUCUCAUUCAGUCUUAUGUCGAUCUUCUCGUUCAGCGCAUGGGCGAACACGCCGCUCAAGGCAAAGACAUGGAUAUCAUGACCUGGUACAACUAUGCAACUUUCGAUAUUAUAUCCGAUCUCACCUUCGGCGAACCACUCUACUGCCUGCGCGAUUCCGUCAAACACAGCUGGGUUUCCAUCACCUUCAAGUCCAUAACGGCCACCGGUUUGAACGCUGCUCGCAAUAAACAUUUCAUCUUCAGGUGGUCCAACUCCCUGCGCAGCAUUUUCCAAGACAACUCAGUUGCUGCGCGCGCACGACUCGAGUUUUUUGAGCGCGCCCGCGAUCAGGUCAGCAAGCGACUAGCGAAGCUUGACAGCGAGAAAGGCGUGGAAAAACCAGACUUCUUCACCCACAUAGUGAACAACCAAGAGAAGGAAGCAACAAGAAUGACCAGAGACGAAAUGGACAGCAAUGCAGUCACCUUUCUCGUUGCAGGUAGCGAAACCACUGCUACAACAUUGUCGGGCGCUACCCAUUUCCUCCUCCGUAACCCCUCUGCGUAUACUAAACUCGCUGCCGAAAUCCGCUCUCGUUUUUCUUCUCCUGACGAGAUCACUAUGGAAGAAGUCAACAAGCUCGAAUACCUCAUCGCCGUCUUCCAGGAAACUCUACGACUUUAUCCACCCGUUGCCACAGGCUUUCCUCGUGUUGUACCAGCGGGGGGCGACAAUAUCUCAGGCCACUAUAUCCCUGGCGGCACUUCGGUAUACUGUUCCCAACACGCGAUGUAUCAUUCUGAGCGCAAUUUCAAGGACCCAGAGCUCUUCGUUCCGGAACGCUGGUUGGGCGAGGAACGGUACAAGGAUGAUAAGAGGUCGACGCUGAAUCCGUUUAGCUUUGGACCAAGGAACUGUUUGGGCAAGAAUCUGGCAUACGCGGAAAUGCGUCUCAUCCUCGCUAAGAUCGUCUUCGCUUUCGACCUCGAACUCGUAGAGAAAGAGAGGGAUUGGAUGGGUGAGCAGAAGGUUUUCACGCUCUGGGAUAAAAGCGCGUUGAUGGUCAAAAUAAAGCCCGUACAGCGUUAGUGAAGUAUGGUGUUGUAUUGAGGGUGAUUAGCUUAUACAAAAGCAGGUAUCUUGGGUUGUGCAACGGCGCGAAGGUAGCAUUAUAUAGAAAGAAUUUUUCAUCCAGGUUAGAGCAGAGUAGGGAUGGCUGAUGAUUAUGUCCACAUUGGUCCGCCAUCGACAGACUCGUAAGUCGCGAACUCACCGCGGGUAGGAUGAUGAUCGGCCACGUCGUUUUC